UUUAAUGUAUUCUUGAUAAAUAAUUGCUGAUUCAUAAUAUCUUGUCUUGUCAGCGUAGCCGUUGUGAGCAGCAUGUAGGACGAAGUAUGGCGUACCAUAGUUCGGUGGUUUGCAUACUGAGAAAGUCCGGUUGGAUACGAGAGCUCAAGCCAGUUCGAGCACUGUCUGUUGCAGCCACAUUGCGAGAUGGACACCAGCAGCAACAGCAGCAGCACCACCGGCCAUCAUUUGCCGAGCUUGGCAUCCAUAGUGCUGUUGUAAAGGAGCUUGCUAAGCACAAGAUCACAACUCCGACUAAAAUCCAGGCGAAGGCCAUUCCAACGGUGAUCAAAGAGAAGAAUGUGUUUGUCUGCGACCAGACUGGAUCAGGAAAAACACUGUGUUAUCUAUUGCCUUUCUUGAACCACUUUGCUCAAGAGCACCAGAAGUCUUUGGCAUCAAGGGUUUCUCAGGCAGCAUCAUCCACAGAGCGAUGCUUGAAGGGAGUCGUUGUUGUUCCGAACGAACUCUUGGUCACACAGGUGUGCAAUGUGUUCAAUGUCCUGGGCAAGUCUUUCGGUGACGUCGCCGCCACGCCUCUGCAUGAGUUCAAUCGCCUGCGAAUCCUGCCCAACACCAAGCUGCUUGUGGCCAGCAUCGACGGCCUGAAGAAGCACAACCUGGCGCUUGAGUGCGCUCGUGUAGAGCUGUUGGUCUUGGAUAACAUCGUCAACGAUAGGUUUGCCGGCGGUGAUGCUAUAGACGUGCUCAAUAAUUUGUUUCCGCAGAAAAUUUCUGGCAAGUCCAGGCCAUUUGCGCCCAAAGUGGUCUACGUCGGAGCGACACUGCACAGGAGAGCCGCGGGCACCGCGCGCCUAAUACAAUGGAUGAAGAGCAUGAACGCAUGCCGGGAAGCAUGGGUAGCGCCUGGCGAGUCGCUCUACCGCUUUCCGCCUUCGGUGUCCUUUCUGUUUGAGAACUACCAGGCUGGCGAGAAGGUGCAUAGCCUGAUCAGGUGCUUGAAGUCUCUGCGGCCGUCCAGAGGAGUCACACCGAUAGUGGUGAUACACUGCAGAGACGCAGCAGAAGUACUGCAUGUUACCAAGCAGCUGGACACCGCCAAGGAGUGGUACACGGAGACGGACAAGAGCCUGACGGGCGUCACCAACUGGUGGCAGUUCCGCUUAGCGCCCAUGGCAGACCUGUCCUCUGCCGACGGCUACGAAAGCGCCGCACAAGCCAUCAAGUCGGUGAAUACUGGCUCGAAGAGCAUUGUUGUAUGCCGCGGCCAGGACAUGGCUGGUAUUGACAUACCAGGCGUGGAAGCCGUCAUCCUGGCCGACUUCAACGAAAUGACUGACAUAGAGGAGUACCUGGACAUUGCCGGACGAACUGCCCGACUCGGCAGACCUGGCAAAGUGUUCUGCUUGCUUCCAAGCGGAGAGAAGCGUUCCAGCAUGUCACUGCUUAUGGAGAACGUCCUCGCGCACGAUCAAAAUGCGUCAUUCUCCAUGGCAUCACGCCGCUUUGAGCGUCAGAAGAUUGACCAUAAACUUGAAGCAUGGCGCUGGACAUUGGAAAAGGCCACCUCUUCAAAUGUAGUGGAUAGCUACAUAGAUCGGCUAACUGAGCAUGUUGAUGGUGUCCUGUUGCAGGACGAGAACGACCAGCAGUUGACCUAGAGAGCAGUGCAUUGCUGGCUCGUGUUGCCAGUGUGUGUGUGUGUGUGUGUGUGUGUGUGUGUGUGUGUGUGUGUGUGUGUGUGUGUGUGUGUGUGUGUGUGUGUGUGUGUGUGUGUGUGCGUGGGCCUACCUCCGCAAAUGUUCAUGUGCCUUGAACGUGUCUUGUACGUGAGCCAUGGACGUAGUAUUAGUAGGAAUACUUCGGCUUUUCACCAUGCACUCAUGUGAUGUUCUCUACAGGAGAGAGACACUCUGAACAGCGCUAUUCUCAUUAAUCUGCUUGCCAUUUCUUGUUGACAAAUGGGCUGGUACCCAAAAAACUUCUCCACUGUAUUUCGCCUCUCAAAUAUCUAACCACAUGAUCGGUAAUCUGAG